AUGGCAGAGCAGGGGGCUGAUCAAUCGGAGCUAGUUGAGAAAGUUGUUCAAAGUGCUUGGAUUCGAUUGAAUAGGGUUCCCUUGAUUGAUGUUAAACACCCUGUUGGAUUAGAAUCCCCUGUAAAAUCUGUGUUAUCUCUGCUAACAAAAUCCAGUUUUGAGGAUGUUCAAUUCCUAGGAAUAUGUGGUUUGGGUGGCCUUGGGAAGACAACCAUUGCGACAUACGUAUACAACCGCAUCUUUAGAAACUUUAGCAAGAGUUGCUUUCUUGAUGAUGUUGGAGAGAGAGCAUCACAAGCCAAUGGUGUAAAUUGCUUGCAAGAGAAGCUUCUUUACAGUAUCUCUCGGGAAGAAAUAAAAAUAUGCAGUCAUAAACAAGGAUCAAGAAUGAUAAAAGAAAGACUUGGGAAAAUAGAUAUUCUUCUCAUUCUGAAUGACGUGGGCCAUCAUACCCAAUUAGAUGCAUUGGCUCGUGAUAUCAGUUGGUUUGGUCAUGGAAGUAGGAUAAUUAUAAUGACUAGAGAUCAGAGCAUUCUAGGUAAAAUUCCUCAAAAUAACAGAAAAGUAUAUGAGCCUGAAGAAUUGAAUAUGAAAGAGAGUCUUCAACUCUUUAGUUCUUAUGCUUUUUCCAUGGACAAACCUCCUGAUGAUUACAUGCAGCUUUCAAUUGAUAUAAUACAUACUACAGGAGGGUUGCCCUCAGCUUUGGAGGUUUUGGGUUCUGAUUUAUCUAUGGAAAAUGAUAAAGAAGUAUGGAAAAGCAUGCAUCGGAUGUUGAAACAAGUUCCUCAUAAUGAUGUCUAUGGAAAGUAA